UAAAUUACAUUUUAAUUUACAAUAACUUAACUGCAAAAUAAAUUUUGUAUUUUUUACAUUAUUGUUAUUAUAUUGUAUAUUUUUACUUAAAAAAGCUAUGCAGCAGCAAGCUACAUUGAACAUUUCAGUUAUGCACAUUUAUUAGAGAAUUAUAUACUUCAUCCAUCUUUUGCAUAUUUUGUUGAUACAUUUGCAAAUUUUUUAUUUUUUAAAUUCGUCCGAUGUGCAAGUUCUCUGCAUUACUACUUCCUGAAUUAAUAAAGGAAAUUACUCAUUACUUCAUCUCCAGUCAUGGAGUUCUGUUGUUUUCUCUUCAUAUUUCUUCAAAGACCAGAAGUUAAAUUCCAUGAACAAAAUUGACUUGCGUUUGUUUAGAAUACCCAAUGUAUAAUCACUAUAGUCGUGUAUAUAAUUUCUUAUCAAUCGAUAGGAAACGUGAUAGGAUACAUCUAGACAUUUCUUUCUGGUCUACGAUAUUGCGUUUUAAAGAAAUAAUAUUGCAAAAAAUGAAACCGUUGCUCAGUAAGCUCAUCUUUUUUGCGUUUCUAUAGCUGCACAAUAUCUCUGUUACCUUAUGAUUAGAGUACACGUUAUCAAACUGUUUAUGGAAUUAUAGUCUGUUAAAAUAAUGAGUUCUGUCUCAACGUAUCGUACUACGCGAAGUAUAAUAGCGAUUGAUCCGUAUUCAUUUGAGUGGGGACGCAUCGUGUGGGGGAUGCGCAUGGAGAAACGUACAAUGAACUCUCAUUUCCUGUUCAACUAAAGUACAGAACAAAUAUACUGAGACUGAUCUCUAUUUUCUCGUUUUAAAAAUUAUUUGCAAUGACAAUUCCAUCUAGUAUUAGCCCAGCGUUGAAAGUUAGCCUACGAUUUCUUGGUAUGUGGCCCGGUGAUACAUUUUCUGCUAUUUAUUGGCUGAGUUUUAUGCUGAGCAUGCUGAUUAUACAGUACUUCCAGUAUGUGUACAUAUUUGAUAACUUGAAGAUCAGUGAGUUGUCAAAUCUCGUUGACGGUCUGAUUGUGACUCUAGAUUACAGUUUGACAGUAUUCAAAUUAACCAGUCUGUGGAUACAACGUCGAAUUUUUCAUCAAAUCCUGGCUGCUAUGGAUAAUGAUUGGCGCAGAUCCUUCAGUUUUGAAAAGCACUUGUAUACGAUGACAGUGAAAGCGAGUAUAUCGCAUUUUAUUUCUAAUGCGUUAUUGAGUAUUAAUGCGAUUGUUGCGGUACCUUAUCUCUUAGGCGAUUACGCAAUUCGUUACGUUUUAACUGAAAAUCAUACUGACACUUUACGGCAACUUCCUAUAAAGAUACAAUUUCCUUUUGACGCUCAACAAUCGCCUAUAUUUGAAAUUCUUGUUGUAACAUUAUUUUUACAUGUAUUGAUACACGCAUGCACAAUCGCUGUUCUAAAUGGAUUAAUUUUGACCUUGGUACUUCAUGUAAGCGGACAAAUUGAUAUAAUAUGUUGCGAAUUUAGAAAUCUUUCUAAGGAUACUGUUCUUCAUAAAUCUUCCGUACCUUUAUUUGGAAUGUUGCUCGAGAGGCAUAAUAGAAUCAUUUCAUUUUCGAAGAAUCUUGAAACACUCUUCUCGUUCAUUUCGUUGAUGCAAGUUGUUUGGAAUACGUUAGUUAUUUGCUGUUUGGGAUUUGUUAUAAUAAUUUCUAUUGAUAACGGAACUGGAAUUUUUGUAUUAGUAAAAACUGUUUCUGGUUACUUUGUUGUAAUGGUUGAAGCUUUCGUCAUUUGCUUCGCCGGAGAAUAUCUCAGCUUAAAGAGUAAAUCAGUUGGUGAUGCGAUAUAUGAAACGCUGUGGUACGAUAUGCCAACACAUCAAAGUAAAAUUAUAAUAUUUAUAAUAAUGAGAUCUCAGAAACGAUUGGCGAUUACGGCAGGGAAAAUGGUGGAUAUGUCAUUCGAAACUUUUACAAGUAUAAUGAAAGCGUCAGCAUCAUAUGUAUCUGUCUUAUAUGCUAUGUAUUGAUAUUAAAGAAAAUACGGCAGAAAAUAUAUACAUAUAUGCUGAAAUGAUAACGUGUGACUAAUAUGGAUCACUAACAAUAAGAUAAAAUAUAUCAAUAAUGAAUUUAAAUAAAUAUUAAAAAAUUAA